AUGACAUCAUUGAACAACUUGACAGAAGUGACACACUUUCUCCUGCUGGGACUCACUGAUGAUCCAGGCCUGCAACUUCCCCUUUUCAUCAUUUUUCUUCUCAUCUACAUCAUUACCCUGGUAGGGAACCUGGGGAUGAUCUUGCUGAUUCUCUUGGACUCUCGGCUCCAUAUCCCCAUGUACUUUUUCCUUGCUAACUUGUCCCUGGUGGAUGUUAUUUACUCUUCAGCGGUCACACCAAAAGUCAUGGCUGGUCUCUUAGUAGGAGAUAAAGUCAUUUCUUACAAUGACUGUGCUGCUCAGAUGUUCUUUUUUUCAGCCUUUGCUACUGUUGAAAAUUAUCUGUUGACUUCAAUGGCCUGUGACCGCUAUGCAGCAGUGUGUAAACCCCUAUACUAUGCUACCACCAUGACUCCAAGUGUAUGUAUGUGUUUCAUCAUGGGCUGUUACACUCUUGGGUUCUUGAAUGCCUCAGUUUAUCUUGGAAAUACAUUCAGUCUUUCUUUCUGUAAAUCUAAUGUGGUCCAUCAUUUUUUCUGUGAUAUGCCAGCAAUCAUGGCUCUCUCUUGCGCUGAUAGACAUGUUAAUGAACUGGUACUUAUUUAUCAAGCCUGUUUUAUUAUCUUCUUUGCUCUCAUAAUAAUAUUAGUAUCAUAUAUUAUAAUUUUUAUCACAAUCUUAAAGAUGCACUCAGAAGCAGGAGUUCAGAAGGCUCUUUCCACCUGUGCUUCCCACUUUACUGCUGUUUUUAUUUUUUAUGGAACAACAAUCUUCAUGUAUUUGCAGCCAACUUCUAGGCAUGCAAUGGACACUGACAAAAUUGUGUCUGUCUUCUACACCAUGGUCAUUCCCAUGCUGAAUCCUUUAGUUUACAGCCUGAGAAAUAAAGAAGUAAAGAGUGCAUUCAUGAAAGUAGUUCUGAAAGAAAAAUAA